GGAGCGGAGAGGUGCCGGGGUUAGGCGGCCACCUGGGGCUGUCCGUAGCCUCUCCUCACGUUCUCCCCGUUUCCUGGGGGCGUCCCGGUGACGGCGUCCCGGGUCGCUGUUCUCCUCUGGGCCCCUUUGGCUGUGGGCCUGCGUCUUGGGAGUAGGCCCCGGCCCUCAGCUCCGCUGCCGUGGGGUUGGGAACGGCCCCGGGGGGGAGGGGCGGUGCGGCCGCAGCUCGGUAAAGGUGCUCGUUUGCGCUCACACCGACUGCCCGAAGCCCGGAGAAACCCGCGCCUAAAACUGGGGGAAGAAAGGACUUUGCUGCUUCUCGGAUUAAAUGUCACCUCUCAGCGAAGUGAGGAAGAGGAAAGGGGGAGUGUGCCUCAGUGUCAGGAAUGCUAUCAAGUCGGCUAUUCUUAUACGGGUUGUAACAGUGCAGGUGGAGGCCUCCCAAGGACAGCGUGAAGAUGUCUCGCUCAGAAUCUCGCUAUUCCUUCGAUGUCCCAAACCCCUGCAUCAACUUCGCAACUUUAAGCGAUGAUGAUGUGCACAAUGCGGACUCCUGGUUUGACCAACAAGCCAACCUGGAGAAUAUCCCUCCUACAGAAAAUCUGGCCAAGGUCUUGCAGAACACUCCUGCUUUUUCAAAGCCUGCUCUCAUUCUUUCUUCUGUCACCUCACAAGGAAUAACAAAGAGUGAAAGCCGUGAAGAGAAUGAAGCAGAAGUAUCAGAGACCAAUGUGGUUCCUCAGAGUAUUGUUGGAUCCUUGGCAAGCUGGAGGGCUGCUGCUCCUGCUGAGGCCCCUCAAAGAGCGGGUAGGAGACCAGCUAGAAAGCAAAGGAAAACACAGCAGCGCGAGCAGCCUGCUCGAGUCAAAGUGGAGAAAAAUGAUAUUGCACUGGCUAACAAGGAGGAGGUUCCACCCCUGAAAAAAAUGAGAAUCCGUAGUGUACCAGGGAAAACUAGACCAUCUGUACCUGGGCCUGUGGUGAGUUCUAGCAGCAAGGAGAAGCUGACAGAUGUAUCCCCAAAGAAAGAGCUUUCACAUCAUCCUGACCUGUCCCCAGCAAGAGGGAAAAACAAACUGACUGUGCCCUCCACACCAACAAUGUUAAAGAGGACCAAUAUUGCUGGCAAGCUGAAGAGUACAGAGGAGCAGGAGCUGGAAAAGAUGCAGCAGUUGCAGCGGGAGGUCAUGGAGCUGCGGAAGAAAAAUGAGGAGUCCCUGAAGGCAGCUAUUGCUGGAACAGGACAACCUGUGAAGAGAACUGUUGGUCAAGUAACAAAGCCAGUUGACUUCCACUUCUGCACGGAGAAUAGAAUUAAACAACACGUGGAAAGCCAGCCUGAGAACGAGUACAAGGAAGUGGAUUUUGCAGCAGUACUGAGGAAGCAUCCUCCUUCUCCAAUGCGAAUGCCAAAGGGACCCACCGUUCCCAAACCUUUCAAUCUGUCCACGGGAAGCAAAAGAAAACUCGAAGAAACCUCAUCAGAGUAUGUGUCCCUUGCUCAGCAGGUUGAAGCAUUCCAGAAACGCACACCCUCUCGUUAUCAUUUGAGGAGCAGGAAAUCUGAUGAAGGCCCAGCUCGAGCGAAGCCAGUGAAAGCUCGACUUACAAACCCGAAAACGCCAGUGCUUCAAACAAAGCACCGCUUCAGACCUGCUGCCUGCAAGAGUGCAGCAGAGUUAGAAGCAGAGGAAAUUGAGAAAAUUCAACAGUACAAAUUCAAAGCACGAGAGCUUGAUCACAAAAUCUUGGAGGGUGGGCCAAUCCUGCCCAAGAAGCCCCCUGUGAAGGAACUCACCCAGCCAAUUGGCUUUGAGUUGGAGAUAGAGAAGAGGAUUCAGGACCGUGAGAAUAAGAAACAGCAGGAAGAAGAGCACUUCAAAUUCCAUUCCAGGCCAUGUCCAACUAAAAUCCUAGAGGAUGUUGUGGGUGUUCCAGAGAAGAAAGUGCUUCCUGUUACUGUACCCAAGUCUCCAGUCUUUGCCUUGAAAAGCAGAACCCGAAUGACUAGCAGAGAUGAAGAAAAGGAAAAGGAGGUUGUCCCUGUGAUCAAAGCUAACCCUAUGCCACACUACGGAGUGCCCUUCAAACCUAAAAUGCCAGAGCAGAGGCAUGUGGAAGUUUGCCCCUUCUCUUUCGAUUCCCGUGACAGAGAGCGGCUAAUACAAAAAGAGAAAAAAAUAGAAGAAUUGCAGAAGGAAGAGGUGCCAAAGUUCAAGGCCCUACCUCUGCCUUAUUUUGACCAUGUGAAGCUGCCAGAAAAGAAGGUCAAAACCCCAACUCAGCCUGAGCCAUUCAAUCUACAGAUUGAUGAACGGGGAGCUGCCAAGCAACAGAGCUGGAAACAGCAGCUUAAAGAAGACUUGAAAAAGCAGAAAGAGGCAGCAUGUUUUAAAGCUCGUCCCAAUGUAGUGGUGUACCAGGAGCCUUUUGUGCCUAAAAAGGAAAAUAAGAUGCUAUCAGAGAGCCUUUCUGGUUCUGUAGUUCCUGAAAGCUUUGAGCUGGCAACAGAAAAAAGAGCUAAAGAGCGACAGGAGUUUGAAAAACGAUUGGCAAACCUAGAAGCCAGAAGAGAGAAGCUUCAAGAACAGGUCAGACAGCAAGAAGAGGAGCGUGAAAAGGAAGAAAUUGCUAAGCUAAGACAAGAACUGGUUCACAAGGCAAACCCCAUACGCAGAUACCGCAGCGUAGAAGUGAAACCCAGUGACCAGCCACUGACUAUGCCGAAGUCUCCAAACUUCUCGGACAGAUUCCGAUGCUAACGUGCAUCUGUGCCAUAGUAGGAGGGAGAGCACAUCCUGCUCUGCACCCUUGACAUGCAGAGAGGGAGCAGUUGCUUUUGUGUGAUUCCCCUCAGUCUCAUCACCUAUGCUUGGCUCCGUUAUCUUUUAUUGAGUGGUUUGACUCUCUUUGAGGCAGAUGGCAGGGGCACAGCAUACAGAGUGCCAUGCAGUCUCCGUGGCCUCAUUUUUACAUCUAGGCAUCUUAGUCUCUAAAGACUAAACCAGGUUUUUAUAUUGUAUACAAACAUUGUGUACUUGAACUAAAUAAAAAAAUCAUAAUCUGACUGCUGUCUCUUGCUAGCAGGCUGAACCUCUUUCCUGCAAGAGAGCUUUUCUUAAAGGACACUCUGAACCUGCAGGGAUGUGCACGGCUGGAAGAGCUGCCUAGUGUUUGUGCAUCUAAGUACUGAUUUCAAUUUGCUGUCUCUUAGGCUUUUACUAUAUAUUAAGUUUGAGUUGUAUUGAAUAAUAGGAGACUUCCACAAGCCAGCAUAUUGUAGGUCUGUCUUGAUGUUUAGAUGAAAGCUGAUAUUAGUCUUGUCUCGCAUUAAAGUAGUUCUGUGUGUGUUAGAGCGUUCAACCUUCUGCUGUUUUAUAGCUGAAGUCAUUCUAUUUGGGGAACCAGUUAACUGGCAAAUGACUCUUGCUGUUUUGCUGCCUCCCUGGCUCAUGCCAGCACAGCUAUGUUGGUGAAAGAUGCAUUGUCUCCUGGCCAGUCUAGCGCAGCCAGCAAAACUAAAUAUAGACCGAGUGCUCUAAGGUGCUAGAGGACAAAAAUUCCAGCAUUGUAAAGAGAUGAUCAAUCCAGAUUAAGGUUUUCUGAGAAUGAUCCCUCAUCAUUGUGAUGGGCUUCCAAGACUUGUCUUUCAAGGCGUGUAAGAUUGUAGGCUUUUCCUUUCUCUUGAGAGAUGAUAGAGGCAGGAAGUGUGACGAGAGCUAAAUUGAACGCUGAAGAUUCUUGUUUGGUUGUGGGUGUGUGUUUUCUGAAGUGUUGUGCAGCUAGAAAGUGACUGAGGGACUCGAGAAGAGAUUUUGGUGUGGGGAAUGACGCUGCCACCAUCGCCUCUUCAAAAAGGGGAGCUAAGAGGCAAAGCUCUUUGCUUAAGUUUCAGCUUUUCGUUCUUUCUUGAGAACCUGCCAUGUCUGGAACCCAGUCCUGCAGUGUGGCUUAAGUGCUGUUUUCCUGACCUCCAUCAGCCCUCGUGUUUCUGAACAGAGGGUGGCUUUGGUGGGCAGUGUCAUAGCAACAACCCGGCACAAGGAACUGCUGCCAGCCCCUAGGAUGCGGUCUGCAGAAUGACAGGAGCCAGAGGAACGUGUAAGCCUACUCUUCAUCAAAAUGCCCAGAUCUGCAUGGAUCUACCUGACCAAAAGUGUGCAGGCUUCUCGCAGUGUGCCAUAAUCUUCUGUCGCGGUGGAGCUGUUCCAUCUGAGCUGCCAGACAGAGAAACUGGGACUUUGAAUGUGGCAUCAAGAAACUUCUCCAGCCUCCAGUGCCAGUUCCUGUGUAGCAGGCAGCGUGUGGGCUGCCCGAGCUGUAAAUAUUCGUGGCAAGGCAGAGGGAAACCUGAAUGCUGAUGAGCUGUGGAAGAAUGUGAAGGCAAGCAGGAUAACGAGGCUGCUGAGCUGCAGCAGACAUUAAUCCCUGAAUGAUGGAGCAACUGCGUUUCCGUGACAGCCUUACAUGGCUUCUGCUUCGGACUUGAGAAAGGGUUCGUAUGCCCAACAGCUUGUCAGUUUUUUCCAGCUAUAUCAUUGGGUCUAAUAAAAGAUCUUACCUCUUC